GGUGGGUGACGGAGGAGCCUGCGAGGAGCUACUAGAACCCUGCUGUAGUGGUGAUGUAGUGGUGAGUGUGGGAUGCUACAGCCACACCGCCCUCAGGAAUCACCAGGACCUAUACAGAAUCAGUAUGGCGUCACAAUGGAGGUCGAAGGUCAUACUGCUGAUAAUAUCGAUGAUGGUGACCUGCUCCACGGCUGCUGCUGAACGCCUACUGACCCAGCGGCCACACCCACAUCUUCCCCAGAGGACGCCAGGCGCACCUGUCUCCACACCUGGCUGGGGACGUCUUCAUUUUGAUAUCAGUGGUUUAGUUCAACCUCCGGACUCUAAUCCUGUCUUAGGACGACCUCAGAGCUCUAACCCUCUCCCAGGACGACCCCAGAGCUCUAACACUGGCCUAGGACGACCCCAGAGCUCUAAUCUUCUCCUAGGACGACCUCAGAGCUCUGACCUCCUAGGACGACCUCAGGGCUCUAACACUAACCCAGGAGGACCCCAGAGCUCUAACACCGGUCUAAGACGACCUCAGGGCUCUAACGUUGGCCUACGAAUACCUCAGAACUCUCAACUUCUCCUAGGACGACCUCAGAGCUCUAGCCCUGGCCUAGGACGACCUCAGAGCUCUAGCCCUGGCCUAGGACGACCACAGAGCUCUAGCCCUGGCCUAGGACGACCACAGAGCUCUAGCCCUGGCCUAGAACGACCUCAGGGCUCUAGCCCUGGCCUAGGACGACCUCAGAGCUCUAGCCCUGGCCUAGGACGACCACAGAGCUCUAGCCCUGGCCUAGGACGACCACAGAGCUCUAGCCCUGGCCUAGGACGACCUCAGGGCUCUAACCUUGGACUAGGAUUACCUCGGGGCUCUCAACGUGGUUUAGGGAGUCCACAGCCUCCUGGCAAGCUUGGUGCAUCUCACGGUGUUCAUAGUGACUUUAUACGACCUCAGAGUCUUCCUAGUAGCCGACCACAUCCCCAGAGUUCGCGCGGUGACUCAAGAAGAACUCAGAAAGCUUACGGUGACUGGAACUUAAUUCCUGAUGAAGAUGGAGACCUAAGACGUACUCAAGGUGUUGGUAGUGACCGCGAACAAUCUCAGGGCUCCCUCGGUGACCCUGAACAACCCCGAGAAUUUUUGAGAAAGCAAAGUAAACCCUGGUGGUACGACGUCCAUCCAGACUUCUGGUUUGAUCCUCAGUAUAAGGACAACCAUCGAUGGGGGAACAAGACCAUAUCAAAGAACCUCCGUUACAAUAGGUGGGAUUUCUCCAGGCGGAAGCUGCCUAACUACACUCCUUACUAUGGCAACUACGUCGACACAGACAACGUCAAACACGAGAACCACUUUAACAGUGACAACAACUACGUGGUCACAGAGCCAACUAGAGCCUGGAUACGUCCCACAAUGAUGCCAACAAAAUCUAGUUCGAUGGAUCGUACGCCAUUGUCCCCCUUGGCCACGGACAUGCUCGGAGGCUCACUCGGCCCCUUGUCCCUGUUGCUCUCAGCCCUGACAGUCCUCUUCAUGAUCGUAUCAACUUUGGGAGUCGACGUUAAAUCCUCUGCUGUUAAUCUGGCAGACGGUCUGGGUCCCCAACUUCGUAUAUUAGACUCAAUGUCAGAAAAAUUACAGAGUUCUUUACCUGAACUUGUGUUGAAGAUGAUAGACAGUGGAGAGUCUGAUGGCAGUGAUGACAAUGAUGGUGGUGGUGGUGAGAAGUCCAGACGAUCUCUACCUACAGUAUUGAACCGUGCGAAAAGGGAAGAAGUCAUCCCUAAAGACCAGACCAAUCAAGGAGCAGUUGUACCUAUAGACCUAACGAAUAGAGAGACAGACAUCCCUAUGGAUCCUUUAGAGUUUAGCCAUACAGACAGGAAGACAUUUAUCCCUGUAGACAAUAUGAGUGAGAAGGCAAUGGUCCCAGUGGAAGGGCCAACAACUAUUCAAGUAGAACCUCGUCAGCUUAACUCCCUCUCUCAGAUAGCCCUGUCCGCCGCUAUGGUCUUGGGGGCUUACAUCGGGUAUGCCUUCAUCAACCUAAACAAACCUUCCUCCUCGAACAAGAAUUCAAACCCGGUGAAACGACCUGCAACUAACCAAAACAACGACGGAGCCUUUGGUGUCGAUGACGAAUCUGAAUCUAGCAAUGAAUCUGACGCUGCUGGUGUAUCGAAUCCAUUGGGAAUAAUACCAGUUUUCUCAACCGUAAACCUCUCCCCGAGUUACCUUAACAACCUGAAGAACCUCACGUUGCCCAAACCUUCAUAUAACAAUUUCUUGAACCAUUACACGACGCAGGGUAGUAAUCCCGUCACCCCUCCACUUGGGUCUUAUAAGCCUGGAGGGUCACAUGUCACUACGAGCACCACUCACCUGGAUGGAUCUCUUCAGGAGCCUCAGGUGAUUCAUGACGCAGUGAUAGGCAGCUACUAUAAACCACUUCAGUCAGGACAUCUAAACCCAAGUCGUCUAGGUAAACCCGUCCAGAGCACCACAGUUAACUAUUUCUCUGACCAUGAACACUAUUUUGACAACUCCCCAACUUCCGAGUCUCCUCCUCACGUCAACCCUUGGGGGACAAACGUCUAUGGUGAUGAUGAUGAUAAUUACAAAGUCUCUCCAUCAGUACUCUCCAAGCCAAACCUCACACCGUAUUUGACUCCUAUUACUACAAGUAUCUCUGGAGGGAAGGACCCGCCAGACCUCUUCUCAUUGGUUGGAGGCGAGAACAUUGCCUUCUCCAGCUCCACCAUUCACAAGCUCACAACGACAAAGCCCCCAAAAGUAAAUUUUAGACCUGAAACUCACUACUUCCAAAGACCUGAAAUAACAGACUCCGACAGAGACGAGGAGAAAAAACCACAAUCCACGUAUUGGACUAAAAUAUCUACGCCUUAUCAGCCUGAAGCCCCGACUCCUACAGUUCACGCCCCAGUGGACACCUCAAGCGGGUACAUCAACCAAGGUAUCUCAAAACCUCAGGACAGCGAUUAUUACAAAAUCUCAAGUAGCAUUCUAAUCCGACCCCAUGGAACUUCUGGAACCUACGGAGCCUCUCAUUGGUCUCAGCCUAACGAUGAUAACACUGAGUCAGAUUUCAACACAGCACAGGAUGAUAUUAAACAUGAUCGACUCGGAAUCCAUUCUAAUUCAGGUAUUCCCGGACAUAAACCAGGAGCAAGUGAUUCUUAUUCCCACAUAUCAGAUCAACAUCCAACGCCAGGUUACCAGAUGAUCCAAAACUACAGACCGGGUGACCUGGCAGGUGAGCAAGACUUUCACUCAGAGCCAACCUCCGCGCCAUUAAAAGGCCAAACAAGCCAUUUGUUGACUAAUGACAAUCAACCAAGUCACACUGUACACAAAGACAAAUUUCCUUUCAAAGUUAUAGGAACUGAGACAGGUUCCCAUUCUGUCACAGACAAUAAGCCCAUAAAAGGAGGAGGCGUCUCACCCAGCCACACCCUCACCUCCUCUACUUCUUUUAUGAUCCACCACAGGUUCCCGGGGGAUGAGACGACAGAGCAGAGUGACCUCACAGUUGACCCCUCCUACCACUACACUACAUCCUCAACUGAUCACAGCGGAGACCUCGACUUCGGUCCUGGUGAUGUGUUGGAUGCUCAGGCCUUCAACGCCCUUUUGAAAUUAGCCAGACGUGAGUGGGAAUCCUUACAGAACUAUCGUAAAACUCUACUAAAAAAUUCCUCCUACCACAGCAGAGUUGGAAGUGCUACUGAGAAUAUUCUCCCUCAUGGUGGCUCUUAUAUAGAGGGAACAAGCACACCAGAUCACUACCACACUAAACCAAUGAAUCUUUCACCUGCGUCUGUUGAUGAACACAAUGUUAAUCAAAGUCAAUUUGAUUUGAAACUCACAGAUGACGAAGAAAUUCAAGGUGCUGAAGAUGACCAAGCGGAGUUCCUGCAACCGGACACACUCUCUAGACUUGAUGAAUUUCUGCAGAUGUUGUUAGCGAACCUCAAUUCAACAUCACCCUUAACAGAACUUCAUAUACCUGAGGAUAUAAUACCUGACAUAGCUAUUAUAAAGUCCAAGAUCUCAAGUGGUAAUUAUGAUACAGAUGAAAACCUCCAUAACAGGAUGUUACCAAAUCUUUUUUCCAAAUUGCACCACUGGUGGAACAGCCAUCAGACAGCCAACACAGACAACUAUGGUGACGACAGCGGAGAUAAGCAUAGUUCCAUCCCCACGAAUGUCAACAAAGACUAUGUUCACCCUAAGAUAGAGACAUCCAAGCCUCCGCAGAGCAGAGUUGGUCUCAACAAUGCUGGCCAGUCAACUUUCAGUGGAGUUUCUUCGGGGCAAGACCAAAGACAGAGAUACCAUGUGUCUCAUGACAUUCAACAUGCAGUUCAUGACCACAUUUCGUCAACACACCAUAAACAACAUGAGGUGACGACGUCUGCAGGGAGGCUCAUCACAUGGACGGCCCUGCAGGAGGUGUCGACCAGGGGUUCUGUCACCGCAAAUCAGUGGAGUUCUUGGGAGGAUAACAGCACGACGCAGUCCCCGACUGAAGAGGUCAUGUGGCCAGGUGGUGGGGCUUAUAGCUCAUUCUCACCGUCCAUAAGUUCAGCCACAAGUAAUACAGAUAAGACUUUAUCUUCACUGGAUACUUAUCGUGAUGUAUCGUCUGUGAGGACCAACACUGAAUAUCCAAUUAAGGUCUCAACGCCUAACGCAGCUAUGCAUUUCAGCUCAAGGUCAACGCGCCCGAGGGUGACAGGCAGACAUAAUGUCGAGUCUUCUAAUGCAGAAUCCAGAAGUGCGUAUUUUCUCGCCCAAGGAAACAGGAGACAGGAUAAAUUGUCAGGUAAAAUAAAUGUAAGAAACAACUCAGGAACUGUGUCAGCGUCGAAGGUGUCUUCACCUGUCACUUCAUCAGCAGGAAAGAACCUGCGUGUUUCUGCUGCUAAUAUACCGGACACAUCACCGACAAGUAGGUAUGCUUUAAAUCAAUAUUCUCCUCAAGGUGGACCAAAAGACGUGGUCAUCACUGAAUUUGAGGCGACAAGCUCUGUCCCUCCGACGGCAACAUCUGUCGUGGCGUCAUUACACGAAUAUUGGCCUCCGCUGACAGCUGUGGACCAGAAGACAGAGAAACAAAGGAAACCUGGUUUUGAGUUCGGCCUGGAAUUCCCACAGCCUAUAGCAACACCAGAUGAAGUUCGGGACGUUCCUCAAGAGCCGUCGGUAUUUAGUUCAAGUCAGUUUAAUCUUCCAGCAGUUGGUACCCAAGAUAAGCGAUUCCCGAUUCCCUCAGACUACCCCAGUGUUGUGUUUUCCCCCUCUCUUAACGCUGGUCAUUUUGCUCCUUUACAUAAUUCAGGAAGUCCCUCUUUGUCUUUCCAAUAUCCCGGCUCCCGGUCUUCCCAAAAUAACCAUUACUCUAAGUCCAAUCUUCCCUCAGGUCCUCCUCAUUUGCACUUAUUCAAAUCCUCAGACUUUCAUUCCACAAGCAUUCCCGCUGCUUCAUCAUCCACCCAAGGAUUUUCUCCUCCCUCAUCAGCGACCAUACCGAAGGAUUAUCCACAUUUGACUUCCUCCUCCAAAACUGUCUCGAAGGAUUUCUUGGAAUAUGUCCCCUCUCCUACAUCGGUGUUACAAGGUCCGACAACGUCAUCAUUUUCCUUGAAGACCCCAUCGAGAGGCUUCACUCAAGGUGACUCACGUCCUUUCGUCGUAAACGACUCCACUAGGGACUCCACCGUGGAUACAGUUCCCAUGGUUUUAAAGUAUCCCACGAGGAAUCCAUCAGGUCCCCACGUCCCCAUGAACCCCACCAGGAGCUCGUCAGGUCCAGUGGAGAUCAGCCUCAUGAGCAAGUUCCUGUGUCGUGACGCAGUGUACCAUGAGGCGUGUGCAGUGUGUAUGGAGGAAGUAGGGCACAGACCAGAGUGCCUGAUCCGUAGACCUUAAGCUCUUGAUGAAGACACUGUGAAAGUCAGACCACUUAACCCAGACUCCUCGUCUAGUAAAUACUUCCUCUGGUAACACGUUUAUGGAGUGCGGCGGUCGAGUCGAUACACCACUCGUCUCCUGUUCCAGUGGUUGGUGAUUCGAUUCCCGGGCACUCCUUGUUCACCCAGCUGAAAGGGGCACCAAAAUUUACAACUUGGAAAAGUGAAUGCUGCCUCCUUGUGCACAGAAGGUGUAGUAUGCUGUGUCCACACUCCCUAACGCCACCUUGCGAGGGCAUUAAAAAGUCUUUGUACCAUCUUCGGAUAACAAAGAAUCAAAGUAUUUCUACUUCAGUGGCAUUACUUGUAUGUACGUUUUAUGGUGUGUAUUUGAAGGUGUUUGUGAGUGUAUUUAUGUACGUAAGGAUAAAAGUAGAAGUUGGUCGUCAAAUAAAUGAAUCUCUUUA